AUGGCGAACCUACUACCCGGUCCUGCUGGACAGACGGUAGCCUUCUGCACCGUACUGCUGGUAGCAAUUGUGAGCGGUAUUGCCUGUGAAACGUUUCAGUUUCCCGAGUUUGUUGCAAUUGAAGGCGGUGGCGAUGGUGUGGCCUGUGGAGGUUGGAUUAUUGAUAAGGUUCUUCGUCCGCGCGUACUAACGACGGAUGCGUGUGUGCAGCAGCGAGGCGUACGUAGCAUGCGGCAGCUUCUAGUGCGUUAUGGUAGUGUUGAGGUAACAUCUCGCACCGCAAGUCUAGCUGUCGAUCGGAAGCUUGCGUACGAGGAUGAUGAUCAUGAUCAGCUAAUUGUGCUCAGUACCUUCGGGAGACUGCGUAGAAAUCCGAUUCCCACUUCCACUGAUCAGUUAAAUCGGCACAAUGGAACACAUAUACUCUGCUGGCAUCGACCCUUGCAGGCUGGAGAUACUCAUCUUCACAAAACCUUACUACGGGUAGAGCCCGGACAGCAUCGUUCCGUUCAAGAACUGCUCAACACACUGUACUGCAACAGUCUCAACGGCUAUCUGCUAGAAGGUGCAAUGAUUCUGGACAACUUGACGCCAUCCGCCAUGGUAACGCUCGUUCCAGACACGGACUCUUCCACCUGUGGCACCAAGGUGGACCUGCUAGAGUUGCGCAAUCUUACCAGCCCGGCAAGUUUCGCUAAAAAGUUGAUUGAUUCCCCUUUGGUAGAGCCUGCGCCUGAUAAUAGUUUUACCUUUACGGAACCGAACUCUGCCUUCGGAUACAUCGUGUACGUUAUCUUCAUGGGUUACUGUAUACUGUACACGGUGCUGUUCUUUAUCUUUGGCCUAAUGCGUGCCCACCCGAGCACUGAUCUGUGA